UACGCUCAAACUGCAAAAAAAUAUGGCUGCAAUCAAUCAACGUUGUUGCGCUGGCACUGUGGGGUAUACGCGUUGCGCGCGCGAGGCUAUGCAGAGCAGCAGCAUCUUAACACUACGCAAGAGAAUAAGCUUAUGAAGUAUAUAGAUGUACCCUGCAAGCGUGGCUUACUAUCUACAAGGGAGAUGAUACGAAAUUUUGUAGUAGAAAUAUUAAAUAGUAUGUUAGAAAGUCCUAACGUACCCCACGGACGAAAGAAUUAA